AUGGCAACAUUAUCCCAGAAGAAGCUUGUAGAGUCCAUAAAGUUGAUUGAGAGGGAAUGGAUAAAAAUGCACAAGGCACUGGCCCGAUCGAGGUGCGGAGAGAUAAAGGAGGUCCGCUACAAAUAUGUUGAGAUGAUUGGGAAAGGAUCCUUCGGCGUGGUUGUCAAAAUAAUGGAUGACAGACGCAAUUUCUUUGCGCUGAAAAGGGUUUACCAAGAUAGGAGAUACCAUAAUAGGGAGCUUGGGAUUCUGAUGGAGGUGGACCACCCAAACAUUGUAAAGCUUGUGUCGUAUUUCCAUACAGACAAAACGCCUUCUGGAAUGUAUCUCAAUAUCAUCACAGACUUUGUUGGGAUAAAUCUGGAGGAAUACAUAAAAGAAAAUAGAAAUACAGAGACCGGAGUGAUCAGAUCUGUAUACAAACAGAUCCUGGAAGGGCUGAAAUAUCUUCAUGGAAAAAGCAUAUGCCACAGAGAUAUAAAGCCAUCGAAUAUACUUAUAGGGCCUAAUGGGUUGGUCAAGAUUUGUGAUCUCGGGAGUGCAAAGAUGAUUGGAAGAGGAGAGCGAAACAUAACAUACAUAUGCUCUAGAUUCUACCGGGCGCCAGAGAAUCUUCUAGAUUACAAGGAAUAUGAUUUUAGGAUCGACAUAUGGUCUGUAGGGUGUGUGAUUGCCGAGUUCAGGCAUCCCGGGCCUAUGUUCAAGGGAGGUACGAGUGGAUCUACACUCAAUAAGAUUCUCGAGAUUGUCAGAGCCACCCAGGAUGAUCUGAUUGAGCUUGGGUGUCAGAAGCCCGAUUACAAGCCUGGGAUGGGCGUCAGGAAGUAUCUUGAGAAGUUCUUUGAGGAGCCAGAGCUCCUUGAUGUUCUCGAAAAGGCUCUGACAUUUUCUCCUUGCAAAAGGCCCACUGCUUCUGAGCUAUUGAGUAGGCAGUUUUUCCAGGCACCUGAAAAAUAG